AUGCUCCAGUUGAAUGUGAGUGAUUUUCUGGAUGAGGGUUUGUGGGAUAUUUCUUGCUUGCAAGAGUGUCUUCCUCCUGAUAUUGUGCUGAUGAUUACUAGUAUUCAUGCUGGCUUCAUUGAUAGUGGUCCUGAUAUGUGCACUUGGAGGUUUACUUCUAAUGGAAAUUUUUCUGUGAAUUCUGCCUAUCAAUUGUUUUGUCCAGUUGAGGCUGGUUCUAAUUGGCAUUGGGAGUUUAUUUGGAGGUUGCGGCUGCCUCCUAAGGUUAAGUCCUUCCUUUGGGUGCUUUGUCACAAAAAACUCCUUACUAAUGCACAAAGGCACCGUAGAGGUAUGGCAGUUUCUACUUCAUGUCCUCGAUGCAUUUAUCCUGUUGAAUCUGUUGAGCAUUUGUUUAAAGGUUGUAGUUCUUCCUUUUUAAUUUGGAACCAGUUUGGUAGUUGGUUUGAGGAAUCCAGUGUUUUGUAUCCUAAUUUUGAUGACUGGCUCUUCCAUAAUCUGCAUUCCAAGAGAUCUUUUUUGACUGGUUUGGCUUGGAAUUUGGUGUUUGCUGUUAGCCUUUGGUUUAUCUGGAAAUGGCGAUGUAAGUUUGUUUUUGAACAUGGUUUUUUGCUUCCCUCUGAGCUGCAACAGGUGAUUCUGCAGUAUGCUAAGGAUUGGUUUACAACCACUAAGCCUAUCUCUGUUCCUCUUCAGCAGGGUGUAGUUUAUCUUCAUUGGCAAGCCCCUUUGCCAGGGAGGUGUAAGGUUAAUACUGAUGGUAGUUGUAAGCAUGCUCUUGGGUACAUUGGAGCUGGGGGUCUGUUAAGAGAUCAUGCUGGUAAUUGGCUUAAAGGUUUUUCUGUUAAUUUGGGUGUUGGGUCAGUGAUUGAGGCUGAGUUAUGGGGAAUUUUUUGGGGGCUCCAUUUAGCUUGGGAAGCUGGGUUUCGUGGUGUGGAGGUUGAAUGUGACUCUAAGUCUGUUGUGGGUUUGUUGCUGAAUCCUCCUAGUCAUACCCAUCCUCUUUUUAGCAUUAUCAAUUGCUGCUAUGUGCUGACUCUGAAGGACUGGUGCUGUUCUGUCAAGCACAUUUUUCGUGAGCAGAAUUUUGUUGCUGAUUCUUUGGCUUCUAUGAGCCAUGAUCUUCCCUUGGGUUUGCAUAUUUUGGAUUCAGCUCCUAGUGUGGUUGUUGAUCUUCUUGCUGCUGAUGCCAGAAGCUUGGCUCGUCCAAGGAUGAUUGUUGUGUAA